GCCCGUAUGGAUUCUCUGAUAGCCAUGUUAGGGAAGAUGGCUUAAUAGUCGGAGAUGUAGGCCGAUGAGCUAAAACUAGUCUUCAAGUGGCUUAGAAGGGUAGAAAAGCAAUGAUCCACGCCGGCCACUCGAGACACGGCGGAAGAGACGAUGACGACGCGAAUACUAGAUACAGAUCGUCUGUGCAAGGCAGGAGAAGCGCAGGACACGCAAGACACACAGCACACUCAGCACACGCAGGACACGCAGGACACGCAGCACACUCAGCACACGCAGGACACGCAGGACACGCAGGACACGCAGGACACGCAGGACACGCAGGACACGCAGGACACGCAGGACACGCAGGACACGCACGAGACAGAUCCUCCACAGGUGAAAGCGAACAGGCCACAGUGGACGAAGCACCUAGAUAAGCUAACUGGCCAGCUGGGCGAUGAAGACCAGGAGCCACGACAGCAAGAGCAGGACAGGCAGCGUAUACCGGGGCGCAAGAUACGGUCAAGCGACGUGUCAAGCGAGGGGACCUCAGCAUCAAAGCGACGCGUCUUGUCACCUGCAGCACCGGCCAACACCGCCGGCACCAAAACCAAACUCCUGUCCAUUCCCAAAGGCUUGAAGUCAAUGGCCAACCUGAAAUGGACUCCGUCUUCCUUCUCCUGCCCCGACGGUCAUGGCUGGAUCUACUACGCAUAUCCUUCGUACCUUAUUUGCGUCAAGGAUCUGCAGAGGAAGGUGAUGUCCAGCCAUGUCUUGGAAUUGGCAAAGUAUAUGGGCAAUGCGGAGCAACACGGUGAUGAGGAGCUGGAGGUGUGCAGAGUGGAUUGAAGAACACCAGGCGUGAAGACUCUAAGGUUGACGAGGAAAUCAUGCUGGAGAGGAUAGGCGCUGCACAAGAGGGCCAGGCUGCGCGAGCUAUCAGACUAUACCUCUCCGAGUGAAUCUGUUACUCUCUUAUAUCUAAUCUAGUCGCCGGCGGGCAAUUCUCGGCUAUCACGGUCGCCAAAGUCCUCACAACAACGAACAACAAACAGACCGUGUUCUGUCGUCAAGAUGCCUUUCCCAGCACCGC